AGCAAAUAAAGAAUUUUUCUUUUACCAUCUCUAAUUUAUAAAACAUUAGUAACUUUCUUUUGUUGUGAUAGCGAUCAUUUGAUCAUGGCCAAAUUAUCAUGUUUUUACUUCUUCAUACUCAUGCUUGUGUUUUCAGUUGUUCCGAAAGCUAAGGGGUUUUGUUAUGAGACCACUGAUCCAAAAGAUCAUUGUAAUAAUGAUGAUGGAGUUAAGUGUCGUCUAAACUGCUAUGAAGAAUACAAUGGAGUUGGACAUUGUAUUAAAACCAAACUUGGUCGGGAUACUUGUCUUUGUACUUAUAAUUGUGAGUGACAAAUUUUUUUUAAUAAUAGGUUUAAAAUUAAGGAAAUAAAUCUAUUAAUUUAUAUAAAUAUUUGGAAAUUCUUCACCC